AUGCACACCUUCAAUACCGCUUUUAAGUUAAACGCUGCGCCCGCAGUAAUUCUCCCAGGCGGGCCCACCGUCAGCUAUGCACAGCUCGCGGCGAUGGUCGCGCACUUGCAGACAAUGUUCGCAGCUGGCCCCAUAGCCGGUCAGUCGUCCGUUGCCAUGGCGCUCCCAAACGGUCUUGAGUUCACAGCUGCGUUCCUCGCCGUCGUUGCGAACGGCAUGAUUGCCUCGCCGUUGAACCCUGCCUAUACUAAGGCCGAGUUCGACUUCUACCUCCAGGACUUGAACACCAGGGUGAUUCUCGUGCCGCAGGGGACGUUUGCGGCGAAUGGGCCGAUCGUCCAGGCGGCGAAAGACCACGGCGCGUACGUGGUGGAGGUUGCGUAUAGAGGGGACAGGGUGGAGUAUGUCGUUUUUGGGAAGGCCGGAGAAGUUGCUCGCAGUGGCGGGGCGGCUCCCCUGUCCGUGGCGACUCGCCCUGCCGCUAGCGUAGCUCAACUCGCCGGCACCUCUCGUCCUGACGACAUCGCCCUCAUCCUCCACACCUCCGGAACUACCGGUCGUCCGAAGGCCGUUCCUUUGACCCACCGCAACCUCCUCCAGUCCAUGGACAACAUUGCCCAGACCUACAGCCUCACCCCGCGUGAUCGCUCCUACGUCGUGAUGCCGUUGUUCCACGUCCACGGGCUAAUUGGCGCGCUUCUUUCCACGCUCUACACCAACGGCGCGGCAAUUAUCCCGCCAAAGUUCUCUGCAAAGGCGUUCUGGGGCGAUUUUGCCGCUGGCGACGCCACCUGGUAUUCUGCGGUCCCAACCAUCCAUACGAUCUUGCUCAACACCCCGCCACCGGCAAAGACCAAGAUCCGCUUCAUCCGUUCGUGCUCCGCAGCUUUGGCCCCGGUGACAUUGGCCCGGUUGGAGGAAAAGUUUGGCGUGCCGGUUUUAGAGGCAUACGCGAUGACCGAGGCAGCCCACCAGAUGUGUCUGAACCCGUUGGCUGCGCAGGGGCCGCACAAGGCCGGGACGGUCGGCCUCGCCCAGGGCGCGAUCGAGGUGGUGAUUCUCUCAGCGGAGGGCGACCAGGUCUUGGGGCGAGGCGAGGUGGGCGAAAUUGCCAUCCGCGGCGAAAACGUCACCCGCGGCUACUUGAACAACCCCGCGGCAAAUGCCGAGGCCUUCAGCCAGCAAGGCUACUUCCGCACCGGCGACCAGGGGAAGUUUGAUUCUGAGGGCUACUUGACGAUUACCGGGAGAAUUAAAGAGUUAAUCAACCGCGGUGGAGAAAAGAUCUCACCGAUUGAGCUCGAUGGGCUCAUGUUGGCCCAUCCGGCUGUGGGCGAGGCUGUGAGCUUCGGUGUGGAAGAUGCAAAGUACGGGCAGGUUGUCCAGGCGGCGGUGGUGCUAAAGAAGGGUGCGUCUUUGAGCGAGAAGGAGUUCCAGGCGUACUUGAGAAAGAAGGUGGCCGCGUUUAAGGUACCAGAAAGGAUUUACUUUGUGGAGGCGUUGCCAAAGACGGCGACGGGGAAGAUUCAGCGGAGGAUUAUUGCGCAGGCGUUUGUGGCGAAGCCGAAGUUGUAG